AUGAGUUACCGCGGUGAUUACGGCCGCAGACGGAUGCUCGGGGCCCACUUUAUCACGGCGAGGGGAGAGGCAGAAAAAGGCAGCGGAGUUGUCCUUAAUGUCUCCCCCUCUCUCCCCUCCGCUGCAGACACAGUGGGCAGUGUGGUUCCGGAGCAGCCCCCUCUCUCCCUCCCCUCCAUCCCAGGAUCGGAGCCUGGAGCCUGGGCCACUGCCAUGAACAACCUGGGCAUCGUCCCCAUGGGGCUCAGCACACAGCAGCUCAUCUCAGAGCCGUUGUGUCUGCAGCGCUUCGAUCCCGCCAUGGGCCUCCUGACGCCCCUGAACCCUCUCAUGGGUCUGGGUCUGGUCCAUAGUCCUGGUCCUGGUCCAGAUGUGCCUGUGGUCAAAGAGAUCAUCCACUGCAAGAGCUGCACCCUGUUCCCCCAGAACCCCAACCUGCCCCCUCCGUCGACUCGGGAGCGCCCCCCAGGCUGCAGGACAGUGUUUGUGGGCGGCUUACCGGAGAACGCCACAGAGGAAGUGAUCAGGGAAGUGUUCGACCAGUGUGGAGAGAUCAUGGCCAUUCGCAAGAGCAAGAAGAACUUCUGCCACAUCCGCUUCACUGAGGAGUUCAUGGUGGACAAGGCCCUCUACCUCUCAGGUUACCGUAUGCGCAUCGGCUCGAGCACAGAUAAGAAGGACUCUGGGAAGAUCCACGUGGACUUUGCCCAGGCAAGAGAUGACCUGUACGAGUGGGAGUGUAAGCAGAGACUGUGGGCACGAGAGGAGAGGCACAGACAGAGGGUCCAAGAGCAGCUCCUCAGACCCCCGUCACCUCCUCCCAUAGUGCACUACUCUGAACAUGAGGCCAGUGUGCUCGCAGAGAGGCUCAAAGAUGAUCAUAAAUUCAGCGAUGCCACGGCGGUUCUGUACACAUGGAUCGAGCGCGGCGAAGUGAACCGAAGAAACGCCAACCACUUCUACUCCAUGAUCCAGUCCACCAACAGCCACGUGAGGCAGCUCAUCACCGACAAGGCCCAGAGCGAAGAGGAGCUGGAGCGGGCAAAAGAGACCUUCAAGAACGCUCUGCUCUCCAUCCUCAACCAGUUUGAGCAGAUCUGCGGCGUGUUUUCGGCUGCCUCGAAACAAAAGGCCUGGGACCACUUCACCAAAGCUCAGCGCAAGAACAUCGAGAUCUGGAGGAAGCAGUGUGAGGAGUUGAGGAACGCCCACAGUGAGGAGGUGAUGGGGAUCAGAAGAGAAGAAGAGAUGGAGAUGUCUGACGAAGAAGACAAUGAACAUCUGUGUAAAAGGAUCUGCACGGAGCAAAACGGCGUGCAGAGCCAGGCCUCUCUGCGUGAGGAGAACGACUCCCUCCGGUGGCAGCUCGAUGCAUACAGGAACGAGGUGGACCUGCUGAGGAGAGAGAGCAGAGCCAGAGGACCCGAGGAGGACCAGGGACUCAACCAGGGACUCAACCAAGGACUAGGACUAAACCAGGGACUGAACCAGAACCCAGAAGCUCAGAUACAGCAGCUGCAGCAAAGCAUGCACCAAAUGCAGCAGCAGUUGUUGAGUCUCCAGGAGCAGCUGAGGAGCCGAGAAGACGAACUGGAGACGGCGAGAGAAGAACAGAGAGUCCUGCUGCUAAACAACAGUGUGGAGACUGUGGAAAGCACCAGUUCUGAACUACAGGACGAGGUGGUGAGCGGCUGUGUCCCGUGCGUGUCCCCGAGUCGAGAGCGCAGAGGAGAGGGGAGGAGAGGAGGCAUCGUGUCCGAGAGAGAGGCCCUGCUCCUGGGUGUCAUGUCCACCUUCCUCCAUGUCCAUCCGUUUGGAGCCAACCUGGAGUAUCUGUGGUCCUACAUGCAGAGACUGGACUCUAAGGUGACGGGGGGAGAGUUGGAGCGCCUGAUGCUGCGUCUUCCCUCCAUGUUCAGGCAGGAGCUGAGCGGAGUCGGGGCCAAUCUGGAGAAACGAUGGAAGUUCUGCGGCUUCGAUACGCUGGGGUCGCCAUGA